AGCACCCUUCACACCGUCACCUGUCAUGAGAAGGUGGUGGCUGUCCAGAAAGAUCACACAGAAUCGCUGGGAAUGACUGUUGCAGGAGGAGCAUCUAACCGGGAGUGGGAUUUGCCUAUCUAUGUGAUAAGUGUUGAACCUGGAGGAGUUAUCAGCAGAGACAGCAGGAUAAAAACAGGUGACAUCCUCCUGAACGUGAAUGGGAUCGACCUGACAGGGGUCAGCCGGGGUGAGGCCGUCUCCCUGCUGAAAAACACCAACUCGUCGGUGGUGCUCAAAGCCCUGGAGAUGAGAGCGUGCGAAGCCCAGGAGGAGCAGGGCUGCCUGCCAUCCCUUGAGGCCAUGCAAGCCACCUCAGAGAGCAGCGAGUGGUCACCUUCCUGGGUGAUGUGGCUGGGGCUGCCACGGUAUUUGUACAGCUGCAAGGACAUCGUACUAAGAAGAAAUACAUCUGGAAGCCUUGGCUUCAGCAUCGUAGGAGGUUAUGAAGAACAUACUGGGAACAAACCAUUCUUUAUCAAGUCCAUUGUUGUGGGAACACCAGCAUACAAUGAUGGCAGAAUUAGAUGUGGUGACAUCCUCCUUGCUGUCAACGGCAAGAACACAUCAGGAAUGAUGCAUGCCUGCUUGGCAAGGAUGCUCAAAGAACUGAAAGGAAAAAUUACUCUCACAAUUGUGUCCUGGCCUGGCACUUUUGUAUAA